CAAAUACACUUACACGGCUCCUCCCCGCUUCAUUAAAUCAUAAAAACGUUUAGUUUAACAUUUUACGACUGCGUCUUAUUCUUUUACAACAGGAUUUCUUUAUCUUAACAAGUUGUUAUAACUGUCAACAAUUUUCAUAUUGAAUAUUUCAUGAUUUGGGCAACUUUGACAGAUAAGGAAAUACAAGAAAUUUAAACUAAUAAAAAGAAAACUAUAUAGCUUUAAAGGAAGUAGUAUAGUAACCGCAUAUAAGGCGGGCACCACCCUAUCCUUCAUUGAGUGAAAGAUUUUUUUUAUACAAAUAUAUAUUGACUAUGGAUAUCGAUUGGGCGUCUCUUCUAAUUAAAAUAUAGAGGACACUUGGAUAAAAAUGAUGGAUGAAGAAAGAGAGGCUUCAAUUAUCUUUUCCAAUGGAGAGAAUGGUAGACAAAAGCUUACUGUCAGCCACAUGGGCGAAAAGGAUGAUGAUAAUGGUUGUCCAGACAUGAUACAUUUGCAGCAGCUGGAUGAGGAAAAUAUGCUUAAAAAUCUAAGAAAGCGCUAUGAAAAUGAACUGAUAUAUACGUAUACCGGUAGUAUCCUAGUCUCAGUUAACCCGUAUAAACUCUUCAAUAUCUACGGGAAAGAUAAAGUGGAUGAGUAUAAUAAGUCUGCUUUAACGGAUAAACCACCUCAUUUGUUUGCUAUCGGAAAUGCAGCUUACGAACGUUUACUUAAAGAUGACAAGCAAGUUGUUGUUAUCAGUGGAGAGUCUGGCGCUGGAAAGACGGAGAGUGCUAAACUAUUGAUGCAAUAUUUAGCAUCAGUAGAUAGACAUUCGCAAAAGGAUGUUACACAACAGAUCUUAGAAGCAAAUCCACUUUUAGAAUCUUUUGGAAAUGCCAAAACAACUAGGAAUGAUAAUUCCUCUAGAUUUGGAAAAUAUAUUGAAUUAGCAUAUUAUAAUUGUUCAAUUAUGGGUGCGAAGACAACUGAAUAUCUUUUAGAAAGAUCUAGAAUUGUUACUCAGAGUCCUGGAGAGAGGAAUUAUCAUAUUUUUUAUGAAAUGCUAUCUGGAUUAAGUAGGGCUGAAAAAGACAACUACGGGUUAAUGACGGCUGAACAAUAUUUUUAUUUAACUCAGAGUGGUUCUUGUUCAAUUGCAAGUAAAGAUGAUAAAAAAGACUUUGUUGAAUUAGACACUGCCCUUAAGGUUUUAAAGUUCACUGAAGCUGAACAGACGACCAUAUGGCGAAUUUUAGCAGCAAUACUUCACUUAGGAAAUAUAUCUUUUCAAAGAAACCAAAAUGAUGACAGGCAGGAACAAAUCGAAAUUAGGAGAAUGGCUGAAGUUAAAUGGAUAUCUCAUCUAUUAGCCCUAUCUCAAGAACGUCUUACCUCAGCUCUAACAAGCAAAGUAACAAUUGCUAGAAGAGAAAAAAUGAUAACUCCAUUUAAUAUGGACCAAGCAUUGGAUACAAGAGACGCCAUUGCAAAAGCCUUAUAUUCUGGUUUAUUUACCUGGCUAGUGGAUAAAGUUAAUUCGAUGGUAAGACCCAAUUCAAAAAGAUGUAAUGGAUCAAUAGCUUUGUUAGAUAUUUUUGGGUUUGAAGAAUUAACUGAUAACAGUUUUGAACAAUUAUGCAUAAAUUAUGCUAACGAAAGACUUCAUUUCUAUUUUAAUUUACAUAUAUUUAAAAUUGAACAAGCUGAAUAUGCUAGAGAGGGAAUCGACUGGAAAAUGAUAACAUUUAAUGAUAAUCAGGGAAUAAUUGAUUUAAUAUCGAGGAAACCACACGGCAUUAUACAUUUAUUGGAUGAUGAGAGCAACUUUCCUCAGGGUUCUGAUAACCUUUUCUUAGAAAAGUGCCAUUUUCAGCACGCUACUUCAAAAUAUUAUGAAAAACCAAGAGUUUCAGGCCCUUGUUUUAAUAUCGUUCACUACGCUGGAAAAGUAACAUAUAACGUUCGCUAUUUUGUUGACAAAAACCGAGAUAUAUUGCGCAAUGAAGUUAUAGAACUUUUAAUUAGAAGUAGAAGCCGUAUCAUAUCCACUAUGAUCACGGAUUGGAAAGAAAAGCAGCUUGAUUCGGGAAAAGCAAAAUUUCGUACAUUGAAACCGAAAACUCCAACGAUAGCAGCUGGUUUUCAUACCUCCUUAGGAAAUCUUAUAGAUGCUAUGUCCAAGUGCCAUCCCUUCUUUGUUAGAUGCGUUAAACCUAAUAACGAUAAGAUACCGAUGAGCUUCGAUACUUCUGUUGUCCUAGAUCAGCUAAGAUAUACGGGAAUGUUGGAGACAAUCAGAAUAAGGAAAGAAGGAUUCUCAGUUCGAAUACCUUUUGACACAUUCAUUCAAAGAUAUCACGUGAUACUUGGUUACAAUAUUAAAUCUAAAUCAGCCAGAGAUCUAAGUGAGAUUAUAAUGAAGAAAGUGAACGCCCCAAUAAACACAUGGCAAAUAGGUCAUCAUAAAAUUCUGAUGAAGGAAUCAACUGAAUCCGUGAUAGAAAAGGCCAAACAUCUAAUUAUAAUUAAGGCAAUUGUUAGCAUACAGAAGAUUGUUAAAGGAUUUUUAGAAAGAAAAAGAUAUGCUAGGAAAGUAAAGGCCAUUAUAAUUUUACAAAAGUUUACAAGAUAUCAUCUGGAAAGCCAACGAUUUAAUAAGCUUAGGAAAUCGACAAUACUUGCUCAGUGUCUUUGGCGUAGACGAAAAGCUAGGAGGCUUUUUACUAAGUUAAAAGAGGAGGAUAAAUUAAGGAAAGAAAAAGAGAAGAAGAAGAAACAAGAAGAAAAGAGACGCUUAGAAGAGCAAAAGAGAAAGGAAGAGGAAAAGAGAAGAGAAUUAGAAAGGAAAGAACGACUUGCUGCCGAGGAAAGGAGAAAGAAGGAAGCUGAACGUCGGAAAGAGAGAGAUAUGCAAUUAGCAAAAGAAAAGCAAAGGAUAAAUGAACGUCACAAACGACAAGUCGAUGUCCUUCAAUUGGAAAUACCAACCAAAUUAGCUUAUAUUUUUAGCCAUCUGCAAAGUUACAAAGUUGUGCAUGACAAAGUUCACGUUAAAAACGUUCGAGGUGAAUGUGAAUUAAGGAAAGAUGGAAAUUUAUUAUCGUUGCCUGAGGAUAUCGAUUCGUUUUCGUUCAGUAAAUAUGCCAAUGUCUACUUCCAUGAUUACAAAUGGAGAGCGAAAACUAGGCCAAUUUCGAAAGCCUUUAUACAAAAGGAUGAAACUCUGCAGGAUGACGCCGUGCAAAUAUUCCAUUUAGUCUUGCGAUAUAUGAAUGAUUCAAAUCUUCAAGGAAUCAGAGAAAAAAUUCUAUCAGACUAUAUUGUCCAAUAUGGCUUAUCAAAUAGUCAGCUAAGAGAUGAAAUCCUUGUCCAAAUUGCAAAUCAAACUUGGCGGGAAAAGAGAAAUUUGGUAGCUGAGAGAGGAUGGCUGCUUAUGGCAGCUUGUCUGAGUUGUUUUCAACCGUCUUCAACAUUGGCAAAGUAUUUACUGAAAUACGUUUCUGACACGGCAUCCGAAGGAUUAGAUGUACUUUGUCAACACAAACUCCUCCAUUCGUUUAAUGUAGAAUCUACUCGAUGUUAUCCCCCAACUCUACUGGAAAAAAUAGCUACAAGAGAAAGAUGUCACAUGGCAUUAAAUGUGACUUUACCUACCGGUUACACUGCUACAGGUCACGUUCACAGUUGGACAACAGCUGAAGAAUUAGCCGACGGUAUUCUCAGACAAAGAGGAGUUUCAAACGAAUCGUCUAGAGGAUGGACAGUAGCUUUGCUUGAGCGCCAUGACUCAUUUGAAUUGUCAGGCUUUGACUAUAUUUUAGAUGCAAUAGGAGAAAUGGAAGUUGUUCCUUUCUUCCCAUAUACACAUGCUCACUGGUUAGUAACAACUGACAGAUCAAAAGAUCCAUCGUCUUCCAAAAGAGAUGACUUUCUAAACUCUCCUCAUAAUGUCGAAGCUGCUCGGCUUGUCGAACUCAAUGUUCCUGAAUUAAAGGAACCAGUUCCAACAACACCUAGACCACCUCCUCACCCUACAAGCUAUUUUAAAUACACAUCAUCCAUGCAAUCUAGCGAAUCACUUUACUCUUCUCAUGAAUUAGUGUCCAAGAAAAGUGUUCUCAAUUCUCACCAUGACAAAACUAACCCUUUCUUGUCAAAGAACAGUGCUUUGAACAUUCGUUACGUUCACAAAGACCUAGAUGCACCAUCAGAGGAUAUUCUCGCAUCUACUUCUAGACUUAAUAGACGAUAUGCAAAAGAUAGGAAAAAAGACGACGAAGAUGACGAAAGGAGCGGAGCCCCAUCCGAUAUGGACAGAUGGGUUGAUAAUCUUUUUGAAGAUAUCAGUACUGAUCAAGAUGACUUAAAUGAUAUCAGUUUGCUCGAGAAAAAUAUUAGAGGUGGUGGUGAAGAUGCGACUCAGAAUGACAAAUAUACAACGACUGCUCAAGAGCUUCAAGCACAACUUCAAGAACAGAUGUUGCAGAAUCAAAUCCUUCAAAAGCAACUGCAAAACGAACAGAUCAAAGUUGAAAUAGUUAAACAGCAACUUUCCCCAACUGGCCCACUUUCACCCGUUAUAAUGUCAGGACCCCUUGUGUUUAACUCUCCACCUCGAAUAAGAUCACCACCACCCACAUCACCAAAACCGGAAAUAAUUAAACCGACACCCAUUAAACCACAAGUUCAAAAUGGCCAAUCCUUUAAUCAAGUUAAUGGUCACUCACCCUCCACUUCUAAAGUGAGAGGUGACAUUGUAAAAGUCGGUAGAAUUCAAUGGCCUCCCCCCAAAGAAGAAGAGAAAAAGCAUACUAUUAGAGUAGGCCGUUUGACCAUAGAUGAGACACAGGAAGAAAGACAAUCGCAAGUUAAAAGAAACAUAUCAGGAAGGGGUACAGACAUGAAAGAGAAAUCUGCCAUAUUAGCCGCAAAGUUUGCUCAAAAGAGCCCUGUUGACCCCCAACCCCCACCGAAAAAAGCACCUCAGCCUCAACCUCGAGUAAUUAUUCCAGCUCCCAUCGCACAAACUCCCCCACCCGCUCCCCUAAUCGUUGAAGCAAAGCCAGUCCCUGUAAAAGAAGUAGAAAAAUUGGUAAAGCUAGAACCUGCUCCUAGAUCCACUACUCCAGUUCGCGUUGUCGAAAGAGUAAUUGAGAAAAGAGAAACAUUAGAACCAGUCAGAGCGCCUUCUACUAUUUCUCCAACUCCCUCGGAAUUGAGCGAGCCAGAAGAGGCGACUGAUUUAAGAAGACAGGAAAGCGUAAAAACGAAACUUUUACCUCCACUAAACGCACCAUUUUUAACAUAUGUCUCUGUACCAUGGAAUCUAUAUGUAAGGAAGGAAGUUUUUAGUCCUGUUGAAACAUUAGAUGACCCAACUCUAGAGGACAUGAUUUUUAGCCAAAUAGUGCGUGAUGUUUAUUCUAAUUCAUGCAUUAGAAUAGAAAAAGACGUUAAAAUGAGAAUGAAAAGUAAAUUGGAAGGACACGGCGUCACUCUAAGAUCAAUCAACGGCAAACACAAAACUCAAUUAAAACGCUAUGUAAUCGAUCAAGCAAGGGAAUGGCCGUUUUACUUUUGCCGAAUGUUUGCUGUUAAGCCAUCAAGAAUUAAUCCAGAUGUUCAGCUAGUAGGCGUUGGGUCGAAUGGAAUUGUCCUCUUAACAAGGGAAAGAGAUAUAUUUGAGGACCAGCUAAGAAUUAUCGAUCGAUUUGAGUUCGAUCAAGUAAUUGAUGCUAGCGUCCCCAAGCCAUUCACUGUUCAAAUUCACGUAAAAAAUCAGUAUAUAAUUGUGUAUACAAAGAGAGCGGAAAAAUUAGCAAAUAUGAUAGUCGCUUUUUGUAUUGAGUCUGAGAGAGAUUCUGUAUGGGUUAAAGCGAUUAAAAACUAUUAUACAAGAGAAUCGACCCUUUUAUCAUUUGAAAAGGGCGACCUAAUCAAAUUGACAAAUCGUAAUAUGCAAUUGGAUAAAGGCUGGUUAUAUGGAUCUUGUCAUGGAAGGGCUGGACUUUUUCCAAACGACCACGUAAAGUCGGUUGCCGGUUAUCAGCUGAAAAGAGCUAUGUCACCAACGAAUAACAGCGACAUUGCAUAUGACGAUACCAUUAGCCCAAAAUAUUCAAUGAUGCAAUUUGCUAAUUUGUACUUUAGAAAGGAGAGCUAUAGAUACGAGAUGAAAAGAGGUGAUGAGACUGGGUCGAUCCAUGGUUCUUUUAAGUUACUCAAUUCAUUAAAGGCAAAAAAUAUGAAGAAGAUGGAAGAUAAGAAGAAAGGGUAUAAAGAUUUUAAUGAGGUUGAGGCAGUUAGUUGGACACCGUCACCCAUUCAAGUUUCACUUAUUAAAUAUGAAUCGCCUGAAAUGAAUAAAAUAGCUCUCGAAUGUUUCAUUGCAAUUAUGCAAUAUAUGGGAGAUUAUCCACUGGACCAAAACAUGGUAGAAAUCGACUGUGUAAUAACAGUUUUAAGGAACUGUUAUAAAACCCGUGAUAUACGAAACGAAGUAUAUUGUCAACUGGCUAAACAAACUAAUAAAAAUCGAAGUACAAGGGCCGGAAGUGAAGUUCAAGGAUGGCGUUUAAUGUCCAUUGUAGCAGCCUUCUUUGACUGUUCCGAUAAACUUCGACCUCACUUACUCAAUUAUUUAGAGAGCAAUCAACAUGAACCCACCGCUCAAAUUGUCCUGAGUAAUUUAAGGAAGACGACGACAUAUGGCGGAAGGAGAAAUGUGCCAUCAAGAAGUGAAAUUCAAGCCAUAACUAGAGGAAGACUGGCCAAGAAGCAAACUUUUAAGCUUCCUGGAACAGCUCCUGUUACUUUAAGCAUUAAAAGUACUACUGUUGUUAAAGAUUGUAUUGAGCAGCUGUGCGAACAAUUAAAUGUCUUUGAGCCAGUGGAACGAGAAGAAUUUUCAAUCUUUUACGUAAUUGAAAAAGACAAACGUUAUUCGCCAUUAGAAGAAAAUGAAUAUAUAUUUGACAUCACAACCGAACUCCAAAAGCAAAACCAAGAUUUCUUCCUCUUAUUCCAGAGAACUUCCUGGAUUUUUGACUUAAGGCUGAAGGAAGCUAUUCCACUCUACUUAGACGUGAUGUAUACUCAGAGCGUUUUAGAUUACGAUGACGGUCUACUUCUAGUAACUUCUGAGCCUAUUACUUCUGAAACGAGGAAGCAUAUUGCUAAAUUAGCGGCACUUCAACUGCUCGCUUCCGAAAAAGUUUUUCUCGAUUCAUCGGAUCAAGUUAGAUAUCUUGUUCCAAUGAAUGCUUUGCAUUGGGAUGACAUGAAUCCAGAUAGGUGGAGAAAGAUGAUUAAUUUUUAUGCAGAUGAAUAUUCAUUAGAUCCUCUGCAAUCAAAGAAACUAUUCUUAGAAAUAUUAUCCAAUUGGUCUCUUUUUGGUACAACCUUUUUUUCAGCCAAGAGUGUUAAUGAUCCAAGAGUUCAGAACGAAUGUUUAAUUGCUAUAAAUAAACAUGGCGUUCACUUUUUACACUCAAAAACUCACGAAACUCUUGUCACCUAUAGCUUAACUAAAGUUGUUGCUGCUCAUCAUUAUGUAUCUGAAGGAAAGCAUUGGUUAGAUUUAAGAUGUGGUGACUUGAUGCAACAAAAAAUCACUAGAAUACAAACAAAUCAAGGUGCCGAUAUUUCGUCAUUAAUUGCACAAUACGUUAGGAUAAAAAAUAAGAAGUAAUAAUUCAAUUAAUUUUAUAAUUUUUAUUAAAAAAUUUACAAAUAUAACUUUGAACGAUGAACUUUAAAAAUCUAUAUAAUUAUAAAUAGUUAAUGUGAUUGAUUGAUCCUGUAACAGAGCAAGAUGGUGCUUGAUAAAGAAUAUAAUUUGAUAGAUUUGUUUGUCAGUGCUCUUUUUUUUAUUUAAAUCCAAAUAAACAAAUAUAAAAGAUUGUCUU